AUGACGACUCUGAUAGAGCUAACAGGCUGCGACACCAACCUAAUAAACCGUCUACGCCCUGUGCUGCCCAAGGACAUCCCCUUCGUUGUCCACCACGUCUCAACCCCCCCUUGGAAGACGGAUGCCAUCUACUCUGCACCGCCCAACCGACGACCCGAUCGAACCUACUGCGAGAACCACUUCCUCACCGUGUCAAUCGACAUCCCGCAUAGUGGCGAGCCGUCACAAAAUGGUACAGAGCCCAACAAACAGGUCAUCGUGUUUGGCAUCGAGAUCUUCAUCUACACGACAGCCCAUUCAACGACGCUGUUUGUUUCCAAAGCCGAUUCCACCGGCUACCUGCCCUUGUUGAACCUGCCCAAGGGAACACCGAGUCCCAUCCGCGGAGUGUGCGCCACAUUCAUCGAGCACCUCGUCGCUGCGCGGAGACGCCAAGGCAUUCCCUUCAUCGUCAGCCUCUUCGCAAGAUCGCAAGGCCAAUACCUUUUCCCAGGGAGCAUCGACCACGAAGCCAAGCACGUACUCGACGACCGGGCACUAGUGAGGUGGUGGUGCCGCGUGCUCGAUCCGCUCAUCACAUCCCCCCCAGACAAAGGCACCACGUGGAAGAAUGCAAAAGGCUACCUGAUCAUUCCCGGCCUAGACACCCACGAGACGCGCGCCUUUGUCCCUCGCACCGCAGCGGCCGCAUCAUCAUGGGCCCUCACGCACCCCCUCGAACGAAUAUCCCAUUACACCCGAGAAUACGACUGGGUGCCGCCGCGGUGCCUCAUCCCCCGGUUUCCAGAUGACCCCAAGUCCCGCUUCCGCGACGAGCUAGACGAAGAGGCCGGCCAGUCUGGCGCCAUGAAGGCCGCCGGCAGCUGGAAGACGGUCAAGACACUAGACGUGUUUUGGGACAUGAUGGCCUUUAGACAGGAAUGCUCGAGCGGUAGGAUGACGGGCUUCAUCUGGGUCGUCUUUGACAACGAAGCGCCCGCCGGGGCCGUACAGGGCGAGCCCGAGUCCGCAAUGCCUCGGGCGCCGUCCCCCAAUACCGGCAGACUUUUCCCUCCCAGGGCAAACAAAUUCGAAAAGUAUGCCAGAAGCAAAUCACAACGGAAAAAGUCCAAGUUGAAAGGACCCAUCCAACCCCGCCAGCCACGGGCCAAGACGGGACAAAGAAAUUAUCUUCUCAAGACGCCGAUUCGAAGCCCGUAUUACUACUGGCCUGUGCAAGGCCGGGGAUCCCGCAUCAUCAAUGAAUCCUCGUACAAGCGCGCUGUAGAAAUGAUGCUGCGUUUGGACUUUUCCAGCGUAGACAAGGCCGUCGCUAGCUCUCGGCGAUGGACGAGUGAGGUUGGUUUCGGCAGUGACUGGGGACAGACAGUGGUGGGUGCGCAGGAUCCGCCAACUCUUGCUGCAGGGGACGGUGAGGGCGAGGCAAGAGAUCUAUCGGGGCUAGUUAAGAGGAAGAGGGCAGAUACGACGGACGGAGGGGCAGUGAAUGUUCUUGGGGCAGGGCUCGUAAAGAAGAAGGCCAAGGCGGAGGAUGACGCGCCUCAAGUUAAUGUUUUAACAUCUGGAUUGGUAAGAAAGAAGCCCAAGGCUGGAGACUGA